AUGCGUCUGUGGCGGCAUGACGCGCUCAUGCAGCACCUGUACGACACGGCCGCAUUCUGGGGGGACAAGAUUGUCAGCUGGACGAACGACCCCAAUGACGCGUUUUGGCUCGCGCAAACGUUCUUCCUCACGCACCAGUACUCCCGCGCAGAGCGGCUGCUCACGCGCCCGUUUCCCACCUCGCCACCGAAGAAUGCGCCUACGCAGGGUGUCCUCAGCAACGGCCACCUCGACAUGCCGUCCGCCAACGCCAGCGUAAAGGGUAAGGGGCGCGAGAUUCCCAUGACCGUGGCACCACCCCUUGCGCCCAUAAUUGAACGUCUGCCCGUCGGCCCCAGUGAGAUGGUUGACGUCGCGGUGCGGUUCCAAGAGGGUGUGUCGCGCCUUGUCGACAUGAGCGUCGCGUGCCGAUACCUCUGUGCGCAGUGCCAGGUCCGUCAGGGUAAGUGGACCGAGGCUACGGAGAUACUUGGCGAAGCGAACCCGUUUCGGGGCUCUGGACGGAGCGGCCGCGACAUUCCUAACAUCGACGGCGGCAUCAAGAUCGAAGCAUCUAUGUGUCAUCUGCGCGGCUUGCUCAUGCUGAAGUUGAACCGAGGUGACCAGGCAAAAACCUGCUUUAUGGAAGCGCUCGCACUUGACGUGAAGUGCUAUGAGUCCUUCGAGCAACUUGUAACAGGGGAGAUGAUGACCCCGGACGAGGAGUGGAAUUUUGUGCAAAGCCUCGCGUACCGAGAACAAACACCGGAGGAUGGGGAAUUUAUCCGGCUCAUGUACACUUCGCGAUUGCGCAAGUUCAAACAUGCCGAAGAGCAUGCGCUUGCACGGACGCGUCUGGUCGAUGAGUACGGCCUGGGGGACAACCCCGACGUACUGUAUAGCUUCGCCGACGCGCUGUAUGCGCAGUUUCGCUGGGCAGAUUGCUUCGCCGUCACGACGAGAAUCCUCGGUCUGGUGUCGGUGCACGCACCCACAAUGCCGCUCCACAUCGCGUGCAUGCACCAUCUCUCCCACCUCAACUCGAAGCUUUUCAUCCUUGCGCACGAACUUGUCGACAAGGAGCCCGAGUCCCCAAUUAGCUGGUACGCGGUCGGCGCGUGGUAUCUAUCCGCGAAAAAAUGGGCAGAGGCACGGACAUACUUCAGUAAGACGUCGCUCAUGGAUCCACGGUUCGCACCCGCGUGGAUCGCGUUCGCACACACAUUUGCGCUGGAGGGCGAGCACGACCAUGCGGUGACCGCGUACUCGACGUGCGCGCGUAUGUUCACGGGAUCACACCUGCCGCUAAUGUUCGUAGGCAUGGAGCACAUCGUGCUGUCCAAUCGGUCGUUGGCCGACGAAGCUCUCAAUGCCGCGUAUAGUAUAUGCGACAGUGACCCGCUACUCGUAAACGAACGCGCUGUCAUGGCCUACAACCGCGAAGAUUUCGAAGCAGCAGCGGCCAUGUUCGCGCAUGCAUUGGACCUUGCGAAAAUCGUACAGACCUCACAGCGGGCGUGGAAGAACACCUAUCUGAAUCUGGGCACCGCAUAUCGCAGACUCGGACGGCUCCAAGAAGCCAAGGCAGCGUACCAAAAGGUCAUCGAGAUUGACCCCCGGAACCAGACAGCGCUGGCCUUCCUAGGCAUCACGUACCAUCUACUGGGGGAAAUCGAGGCGGCAAUCGUCAAGUACCAUGAGACGCUGAGCCUCGAUCCGAUCAACGGGCAGGUCCUCGAGCUCCUCGAGCUCGCGCUAGAGGCGAGCGCGGAGAUUGGCACGUUUGGCAUCAAGGGUGUGCCCGGUGGAGAAGAUGCGUGGGCGCAGAAAAUGCGGGAGCACCGGGACAGAGACAAGGGCAAGCAAGUGGUCACGCGAGAUUACCCCCAGCCCAAGCAAAAAGACGCGGACGAUGAGAUGCAUGAGGGUUGA